CAUUGACUCUCAUUUAUUCCAUCUGUGGUUGGUUGGUGCAUCAAGAUUUCAUUUUGCAAAAAGAGAAAGAAAAAGCAACGUGUGGAGUAAAGAGAAAGAAAAAGCAACGUGUGGAGUGGGGCGUGCCAACAGAUUCAUUUGGAGCAUUUUCAAUCUUAUAAUUUAUAAUCCUAUAGUCUGAAACGUGAAAAUUGGUGGAAGAUUGAGGGAAUUUAUAAUCCUUCGUGGGGAUAAAGCUGAAAAAGCGUAAACAGUUUGAUUUCAUUUUCUGAGUAAAAAGUAUGUCUGCAGCGUACAGCAGUCUUCUGUAGACAACCUGUUUGCUUAAACGCUGCAGUUGCUGUGCUGCAUUUUUGUCUCUUCCAGAUCCACAUACCAGAAUACCUAGUCUUUCCAAGAUGUUAAACUGACUUGCCAAAUAGUGAUUCGAUAACAUCAACUUCAAUGUAACUAAUAUAUGGGUCAAUUAUCAUGAGCCGAGAUGUUGCUUAUGCGAGUUAGGAAUGCAGUAAACUUGCUUAACAUAUGUACGGAAAGAUCUGCUGAAAACUUUAUUGAUGUUGGCAAGCAUUUCCCUGCUUGUUAUACGACUGGUUCAACUUGCUCGGAGCUGCCAAUAAAACGUAAGAAGUCUGAGAGGAAGCCAUUGGUGACGAGUGUUAAUGAACUCAAGCGUGAAGCCAGGUUGAGGAGGAAAGAGAGGCAGAAGGUGCAAGAAGUUAUUCUACAACCUCCCGAAAAUGGGCUUUUGGUCAAGGGACUAGUUCCAGUUGCUCGUCAACUGUAUAGUGCCAGAGCCAAGCUUCAUGUUUGUGUCUCAAGGGUUGUCAACAACAUUACUAUAUACACUUGCAGCUUAUGUGGAGAAGUUCAUGUUGGUCAUCCACCACACAGAAUUAGGACAUGCAAUGUCGCAGGGAGCCUAACUAACAAGGAGCACACAUGGGAAAAGGGGGGCAUUGGGCAUGUUUUGCCCCUGGUAGAAUCAUUUCAUCUAUAUGACCGGAUUGGUAGAGCUGUUUCACACAAUGAGCGUCUUGAAGUGGACCGCAUUCCUGCACUUCUAGAACUGUGUGUUCAAGCAGGUGUUGACAUUCCUGAGUACCCUACAAGGAGAAGGGCAUGCCCUAUUUACAGUCUUGCUGGUAGAGUUAUAGAUUUUGAGCGGAGGUUUCCCAAAGAGGAUUCACCUGGCAAAGAUAUUAACACGUAUGGGUUUUGGGAUAAGAAAAGGAACUUGAAUAACGAUGACAAAUUUAUGGACUUGCAUUCUGAUGACAUACAAGCUAUAUCUGUUCAAGGCAUGGAAGAAUGGGAAAAAAUGCGAUCAGGAGCAUCGAAACUUAUGGAGAAGUAUGCUGUCCAGACUUGUGGAUAUUGUUCAGAGGUGCAAGUGGGGCCUAAAGGUCAUAGGGUAAGGAAUUGCCAAGCUUUUAAACACCAGAUGAGGGAUGGGCAACAUGCAUGGCAAGAGGCAACAGUUGAUGAUUUAAUUCCUCCAGUUUAUGUGUGGCAUGUUCGAGAUGGGCAGCGUGGUGAGUUGCUUGUUAAUGGUUUGAAGAGGUACUAUGGGAUGUUGCCUGCAGUGGUUGAACUUUUUGCUCAAGCUGGGGCACAUGUGGGCGAUCACUAUUCUGGUGUCAUGAGAGAAGAUGUUGCAGUUCCUGAUGUGGAUGAAGAAAAGUUGGUUGUGUAAGGUCGAAUAUCAUUCGGGUCAGAUGCUACCUACGCAUUUGAAAAAGAAGCUACUCUAUCAAAUGCACAUGUCCUGUCCAUGAUAUGUCCGAAGACUUGCAGGACUUGACGACUUGUACAUAGUGUCCCUAUUCACUAGUUUUGUACGUAUUUUCUAGGAUGCAUGGGAGUGGCCAAUAUCUCUCUUGGGAAAAAAUCGAUGAAGGUUUUUAUAAAUGGAAAAUGCUAUUCUUCCCGCUGAUAGCUCCCGCUAGGGGCUACUGCUGGGAUUUUUUAUUUUUUA